ACUGUUUAUGGAAAGUAAACAGAACGAAACCCUUUCGCUUUUCCUUUUCUUCUUCUGUAACUACCAACCUGUUCUUAGCUUUAGUUUCAUAUUAUGUUGCUUCCUACACUGAUAUUUUGACUGCGUUUAAUGCACAUCUGCACCAAAUCAAACAAAAGCCGUAAUCAAACCCAGACUUCACAUCUGAGUUAAACCAGCAGUAUAUUUGAAGUAUUCCUCUCUCGAGCUUUGACUUCAGCUUUCCUGUUCUGCGGUUCAUCAGUGCAGUGAGCCUCCUCUGGUCCAAUCAGGUGUGCAGUCUUUCACCCUGAUCACUUUCCUCUUCUUCAGACCAGUCACAGUGAUAGCCGAGAGACAUGGCAAACCCUAAUGUGAAGGUGUGCAGUUUUUGCGCGCUGCUGGUUCUGGUUAUGAUCUUGUUCAUUGUGAUUAUUGGUGUCACCAGGAGCCACAAUUGCCUCAAUCCAAGCAAUCUCCCGAAUUGCCCAAAUGGGAUGUUCAACAAAGCUGCCGUGGCUGCGGACAAUGGGAACUGCUCAAAGAUUGGGAGGGACAUCCUUAAAGGAGGCGGCUCGGCGGUAGACGCCGCCAUCGCCGCACUUCUGUGCACCGGCAUCAUGAACCCUCAGAGCGCGGGGGUCGGAGGGGGGGCCAUUUUCACCGUGAUGGACAGAUCUGGUAAGGUGAAGGUCAUCAACUCCAGGGAGACCGCGCCGUCGAAGGUGGACCCUGAUCUGCUGAAGUCCUGCAAAAAUGAAUCGAUCCCACGUACAGGAAGCAAAUGGAUUGGUGUGCCGGGGGAAAUUCGAGGCUACGAAUUGGCGCACAAACUUUAUGGAAAACUGCCGUGGGCCGCGCUCUUCCAGCCGACCAUCAAACUGGCCAGAGAAGGAUUCCCUAUUCCUCCGGUCCAAGGCUCCGGCAUCACAGACAACAGGAUGAAAAACACGUCUCUGAGGAAACUAUAUUUAGACAAAACUGGAACCCUGCUGAAGACCGGAGACGAGAUCAAGUUUGAGAAACUGGCCGACACUUUGGAGCUGAUUGCAAACAAAGGAGCGGACGCCUUCUACACCGGAAGGGUAGCGGAGGAUUUAGUCCGUGACGUGCAGCAGGAAGGAGGAAACCUGACGCUGGAGGAUUUGGCAUCAUAUAAGGCCACAGUGACCGAGGCGUGGGUUGCCCCAGUGGGAGAGUACCAGAUGUACAUACCCCCGCCCCCGUCAGGAGGACCGCUCCUCAGCCUCGUCCUCAACAUCAUGAAAGGGUAUCAGAUGAAUUCAGCCCCUCGGUCUGUUGACGAAAAGAUCCUGUUUUAUCACCACUAUGUGGAAGCUCUUAAAUUUGCUAAUGGACAAAAGAAGCAAUAUUUACAGCUGGCAAAGAACAUGACAAGUAGCGGCUUUGCAGACGAGUUACGGCUGCGGAUCAGAGAUGACCGUACCAACAGUCCUGUGUACUACAACUUUAACAAAUAUCCAGACAGUAUGGGUACCACACACGUGUCUGUGUUGGCUGAAGAUGGAUCAGCCGUCGCCGUCACCAGCAGCAUCAACUACAAAUUUGGCUCCAAGGUCUACUCUUCAAGCACUGGAGUCCUGCUCAACAACCAGCUGUUGGAUUUUUGUGAAACAGCCAAUAGCGUCUCUCCUGGGGAGCAGCCCCCCUCCUCCAUGACUCCCGUUGUGCUGAAGUCUAAAUCAAAGACGCUGGUGAUUGGAGCGGGUGGAGGGAGGUGGAUCACGACGGGGCUGGCCUCGGUUCUCAUCAACCACCUUUGGUUUGGGAAGAGCCUCAAGGAGGCCAUUGAUACUCCGGUUGUCUAUGUUGACUCUCAAAACACAGUGAAGUUCGAAUCCAGCUUACACAAAGGCGUAAUUGAAGCUCUUGAAGCGUUGGGGCACAACCAGACGUCUGAGGAAUUCUACAAUGUGGUUAACGCUGUGGAGAAAAAGGACGACUACAUCUGUGCCGUGUCUGACGACAGGAAACGGGGAGAAGCGGCUGGUUAUUGACACCACUAGUCCGUAAUUCUGGAUACACAGGAUUUCUUGAAGCAGAAGACGGAUCUGUUGUUCUUAAAUAUCACUGAACAACACACAGAGACACAAGUUUAAUUUGCCGUAACUCUGCAGGGACAUGCAGAGUUACCGCUGAUAUGACUUUCCAGUUAGGAAUUGGCUCCUACCCACUCUGCCAUAGAUACCAGUGGUGCAUUGACGAUGGUGUUACUGUGCUUGACUGACCUGAACCCAGAGAUCAUGAGUUUUGGCUUGUCAUUAUCUGUAAACCAUAAUCAUAAAAAUGACAUAAAAUAAAUUCAUGACAUGUUCAACUCUGGGAUAAAUCUACUGUAUGUAAUGUAAUACAUUUUACUUUGUGAAAUGAGUAAAUUUUACCUUUUUUUGUGGUAUUCCAAUUUUUCUUUAGAUCUACCUGUACUUGUGCCAUGUCAGCAAAGUUUACAAUUUUCAGUAGCAGCUCAUUGUUUUGGUUAGGGGAGCAGCAGGGGGUGUGUAGUAACAUGAACAAAGAUAAAUGGAGCAGUUUAUGUAAAUUUGAUGCUUGCAUCUCCAGCCAGUAAUUGAGGCCUGCAUAGCAAAGUAAUUCAUAGAAGACACCAAUGAGUUGCUUUCACCGCUUCCUUUCACUGUUAGUGCGGCUCGUAGCUCUGCGUGCAACCCCACAAUAUAAAUAUCAGAACAUGCCGCUGGAUGUUUUGAUAUUUUACUUCUGUUGGCAUUUCGGGUUGCCACGGUGACGUAAUUAGUGGAAAAAAGGAGCCAAAUUCAAAAAUCAGAACAAAUUCUAACCGACACCGUUUUGAGUCAGUCCGACACAAUUUGGACACAGCUUAUAAAUUUGUCUCCCCCUCCGUGUCUCACUCACACCUGACAGUUUUCAGAGAGGAUUAAUUACCAUGGCAACAGAGCAUUGAGGGGGGCAGAGAGGUAGAGAACUACAGAGAUGGUGGAAAACUCAGUUCCCUGACAUAAAAGAUCCAUUUAUUAUGUUGACAAGACAACGGACACCGGUACGUUUCAGAACCUGUCCACUCUGGAACCCGUUUUCAAUCUGUGCCGUUGUCAAAGAAAACAUUCGGUGGUUUCGUGUAAAUGUACAGAACAAACACAACAAAACUCGUCCAUUUUCACCAGAAAUUGUUGUCGUGUAAACAGGGCCUCAGUUCCUGCAGAGGAGGGCAGCAGAGCUUCCAGUGACGCCACCUUGAUAUAUACGUUUUAUAAUAUAUUCACCACCAAUCGCAUAAAAAAAAA